GCGAUUACACCACCAAAUAGAUACUUUUUCCAGAUAUACUCGGAAAAUGGCAAUAUUUCGGCAUUUCAUUCUUGAAGUGUGAAGAUGGCAGUAAACUUCGCGGCAAACUGUCAAACGCUAGCAACUUAAAUCGAUGUGAAGUAAAUUUGACUAUACACAAAACCAGUGCAAGAAAAAAAGCUGACAGGGGUUUCGAAGAAUUUCGGAGAACAAAAGAAAAUCACGAAAAACAGGAUACAGCUGCAGCGGAGACAGUGAAAAGUUUUAUGUUUGUAAAUCAAGUGCAAAAAUAAUUAAAAAAGAAAGUAAAUAAAUAUAAUAUGAUUUGCAAAAAUUCUCUUGUGUUAUAUAUAAAAAGAAUCAAUUAAAACUUCAAUGAAAUUAAAUGAAAGAGAAGAAGUAAAUUGAAGAUUUUGUGUGACAUUAAACAGUGAACAAUACAGAAAACUUUACAUUUAUAGUUUAUCAAUAUCUGCACAUUUAACACAUCACCCGCCCAGAAACCGACCGCUCACCCACCUGCGAAAAAAACAUACAUAUUUUAAAUCAUACAAGCGGAAUAAGUGAAUUAUGCGUAGUCGUACCGAAUUGGUAACAACCACUUUUGUUGAUUCUGAAGAAGAAUUUAGUGAAGAUGAUGACUCUGAGGAAGAUUGGCGUCCAACAGCAUCUUCGGCAAAUAAGAAUGGCAGGAAAGCAAAACAUGCUCGUGGUGGUGGAGCUGCUGGUGGUGGUAGUGGUGCUGGUGGCACUGGUGGUGGCCGCGCAAAACGCGGAAGGAAACGUAAGGGUGCAACAGCAGCAGCUAGGCGAGCGGCCGCAAAACGUAAGCCCACCUACGCGGAAAGUGAUGAAGACAAUGAUGAUGAACCUAGUGAUGAUAAUCCUAAUCAAUUUGAUGAUCAUGAAGUUGCACGGAGUUCAGUAAAUAAAAAGAUAACACCUGCUACAGCACCAGCUGUUGCAGAUACAACAAUUGCGGCAUCAGCAACAACAAGUGCAACACAAAAGAAACAGUUGCCGGAAGUCAAGGCUAUUGAACAAACAUUUGCUGAUACAACCGCUGAGGACACAUUGGAACUAUUACUAUAUAAACGGGACUUAAUUGGUGAUUACUCGCGGAAUGGGCGCUUGUGCUUAUGGCGCCGAGAUGAUAAUAAUCUCUUGCAAAAAUACAUACGUGUCAAAACUAUACCGAAUGAUUUUCUUUUCACAUCAAGUUCAGUGUAUUCCAGCUGGGAUGAUAAACGUAUUUGUGAUUUUGCUAACAUAAAAGUUAAAUGUAUGGAUCCAAAUAAUCGUCGAGUCCGUAUUAUAAAUACAACCGAGCUUCAGCAAUUAUCACAAGAGGCAACUGAAAAAGCAGAAGCCGAAAAUUCAGAUAAUGAAGAAGGCUACAAAAAACCACAAGAUGCUAGCAAGACACAGGGUGAAGUUGAGAUUAAUAGUGACGAUAGCGAUUAUGAGGAAUCAGCUCCAACAAAUAUACCGAUUAAGACUGCAAGAACUACUGUCGCCAAUACUGGUGCUGGGAUAAAUAUAAAAAUAUUGGCACCACUCAACCAGCAAAUGGCAAACAAGGAUAUGAAGCACAACGACAACACAGACGAAAAUGAUAAUGACGAAGAAGUAGAAGAAGAAAUUGAAGAGGAAGAUGACGACGAUGAUGGUGACAUCGAAGAUAACGAUGAUGCAGAUAUUGAAGAUGAAGACGAAGACGACGAUGACAAUUAAUAGAAUUUUUUAAUAUUAAUUGCAACAGUGUGUGUUUUUUAUCAGAAAAAAAUAAUAAUUCAAAAACAAAUUAAUUGUAUUUAAUCGUAUAAAAUAUAGAUGUAUGUGUAAGUGCUAAAAAUCAGUCCAAAGUCCGUAAGUCUGUCUGUUUAAGAAAAGCUUUACCAAAUAACUACUACAAAAGCACUAUCAAGCUAGUGUAUAUGUCGGAUGUUUUUGAACUAAUAAGGUACGAGAGCUAUAAUGUUAUUUUAGAUAUACUACUUUAUGUCUAAGUCAGUAAUAAUACGGGCUUGUAUCUUUUUUACUUAAUCCGCUCACUGUUUAGUGAGUCCAACUAUUGCCUGUUAUAGUUCGUAGUUGUUAUCCAUAUAAAGUUUCGUUUCAUUUCCGUGGUAUUACUUAUUAUAAGCAUAAGACUUCGAAAGGUUGUUAGUUUUGGACCCAAAAACAAAACUAUUGAAACAUCUAAAAACUAAAUAAAUCUAAGACCACUCUAGUGUUUUAGAGUAUUGUACGGCUACAACACCGGAAAUAUUUUUAUUGUAGCACGAAUUUUUAAAUCACCAACAUAUUUAGAAAUGUAAUGAAAUUUGGGAAAUUGAGUUGAGAGUUGGCUUAAGUUGGAAGAUGUGAUCUACCUAUGAUUUAGUGACGGAACUAACGGACUUAUUUGGAACAGCGGAAUACGUUCUUUUACUGUCUUAACUCAAGUCGUAUAGAUGUACAUUAGAUAUAGAUUCUUACUAUAAUUAUACUAUUAUUUUAUCUUUGUUUUGAUUUCCCGGUUCGAAACUAAAGUGAACAGUAUUACGAGAAAAUUGUUGUAGGAGAGGUCCUUGAGUCGAGUCAUUGCUCUACAUGAGGCUGUUAAGUUAAACAUUAAAUAAGUUUUAAAAACGCGAAAAAAGUAAAAAGGCUCAAAGAUUUUGUAUUUUAAAAUAAA